AUGAAUCAGAAACGCUUUAUUAUUUUACUUACUUUACUUAUAUUUUUCCUUAUACAUGUUGAUAAAACUCAUGGCAGUUGUUAUCCUAUUGGAGUAAGAAAAGAUUGUGAUAAAGAAUGGGAUGGUGCUAAUAUUAUAGAUGCUAGUUGGGUACCAGGUGCGCCAAUACUCAACAUCACGACUUAUGUCCCUGAUGGUGGUAAUGGACCAAAUUAUCCAGAAGCAUUUGGCCACUUUACCUUUGGCAAUGACCAAGUUAAAUAUAGAUUUCUUAAAAAGCCUAUAUUUGUUAAUGACCAUCAUUGUACUUAUACAAGUCCUGAUGAAAAAAAUCCAUACGUUUCAUACUGGCCACAUGAUGAAAGUUUAAGACCUGCACCAGGAACAUGGCAUUUUCUGAAUGCCACUUUUCCGAAUAUACCUUUUCCCGAAGUAACAACUUUUCGAAUAGGACCUUUUCCUGAAAUAUACAAUUUCCCGAAUCCGUAUUUCCCAAAUCCCAAUUUUCUUAUGAUCAAUUUCCCAAAUCCUGAAAGGCUGAAAUCUAAUAUCCCUAAACUCAAUAUUCCGAAUUUUAAUAUCCCGGAUGGAUAA